AUGGACGCUACGUCCAUAAUAACUCAGGUGUCACGGGAUGACGAGCAGUUAAACAACUAUGGAUCUGAAAGAGGAGCUACUACUGACGGGCAGCAUGAGGGAGAUGGAACACCAGUAUCAGGUUCCACUCCUAUUGGGACGAAGAAGUCAAGUGGUACGGGUGGAUUCCUCCGAUCGUUAUUGUGUUGUUGGCGUGGUGGUCGAGGAAAGGGCCCACCUAGUGGAAAUGGCACAAAUAGUAUUGAUGGCAGGGCUUCACCUCCACUCCUUGUUAUGUCAGACCAUGCACCGAGACCAUUACUUCCACCUGUGAGACAUCAGGACAUGCACAAAAAAUGUAUGGUGAUAGAUCUUGACGAAACAUUAGUCCACAGUUCUUUUAAGCCAAUAAAUAACGCAGACUUUGUGGUACCAGUGGAAAUAGACGGCGCGGUCCAUCAAGUGUAUGUGCUUAAGAGGCCGCACGUUGACGAAUUUCUGCGGCGCUGUGGGGAGUUGUAUGAAUGUGUGCUUUUCACCGCAUCGUUGGCUAAAUACGCGGAUCCCGUCGCUGAUCUUCUUGAUAGAUGGGGCGUAUUCCGAGCGCGAUUGUUCCGCGACAGUUGCGUAUUCCACCGAGGUAACUAUGUGAAAGACCUGAACAGUUUAGGCAGAGAUCUGCGACGCGUCGUUAUUGUCGACAACUCGCCAGCUUCAUACAUAUUCCAUCCUGAUAACGCUGUACCUGUCGCGUCAUGGUUCGACGACAUGACGGAUUCAGAACUAUUGGACUUAAUACCGUUUUUCGAGAAAUUAAGCAAGGUUGACAGUGUUUAUACAGUGCUCCGCAAUUCAAACCAUCCGUACAAUCCCACGCAGAACGCGUCCCCUUCCAUGUAG